CGCCUAUGUAGGGUAGCUGCCCCGGGGUUCCAGAGCUGUGUGCGCGGGCCCGGAGGAGGCAUCAACACUUGGAAAAGACGGGUGUGUGUUGCAGGGUGAUUCAGGAUGGUGGACCAGCCUCUGUGGGAGCAGAUAGGAUCCAGCUUCGUGCAGCACUACUACCAGAUGUUUGAUUCGGACAGAACACAACUUGGAUCCAUAUAUAUUGAUGCAUCAUGCCUUACGUGGGAAGGACAACAGUUCCAGGGAAAAAGAGCAAUUGUUGAGAAACUUUCUAGUCUCCCCUUCACAAAAAUAGCGCAUAGUAUAACAGCGCAAGACCACCAGCCAACUCCAGACUGCUGCAUCUUGAGUAUGGUUGUAGGACAGCUAAAAGCAGACGACGACCCCAUCAUGGGUUUCCAUCAGAGUUUCAUCCUCAAGAACAUUAACGAUGCAUGGGUGUGCACCAAUGACAUGUUCAGGCUGGCCAUUCACAACUUCGGCUAAGCCCUUACCUUAUUCUGGUGGGCAGGGGCAGCCAUAGUGAAGGGCACCGUGUAAAGUAUGGAGGGAGGGGAGGGAGGAGUUGAGGAUGGAGAGAAGAGAGAACACUCAUCCCUCCCUCCUGCUGUCUCAUUUACGCCUGUUUGACAAACAAGCAAACACCGGAUUCUAGAUGUCAAUCACUGAACCUCAUCCAGGUGGGUUUUCAAACCACCCCAGCCAGUAGAACUGCGAUGUGUUUCUUUGCUGAGAGCCGGCCGACCAAUCAGACGCCCCUGUCUGCCACUCCGCUGAUCUGCAUGACGCUGGGAGCCCCUCAUUACAAUAUCUACACUCAAGCCACCAGGAAGACAAAACAGCUGACCGACGCCAUUAACUCAUACUCUGCUCUGCUCUCCACCCUUCUUUACUCUAUUCUAACCCAUUCUUCUCUAACGUUGACUCCACUGCUGUCAACUCAGUUCUGUUAGCACUAUUGUUGACUGGCUUGUAGAUCCAUGUUCAGGUCCAGAGUCAGCUUCCUCAGUUCCGACUUGUGUUGUAAUUUGUUUUUAGAUGCCACUUGUGUUGUUGACUUUAGCUUGCCUAAGUGUGUUUAACUAAGUUUUAUCUCCCUUUACACGAUUGUUAACUUUACCAUGAUUCAUUCUCAUGUCGGGUUUUGCUCUUGCAAACCAAAGAACAUGGAGGACAUAGUUUCACCUUGCUGUGUGAUUGGCUCUGAUCUUUCAUAAGUUUUUCUCUAUCUCUCUCACUCUCUCUAUCUCUCUAUCUCUCUCUCUCUCUCUCACACACACAUCUGGCAGUUAACAUGGACUACAGCCACGAUACACAAUAAAACCUGGACUUUUUUCUUAAUGGUG